GGCGGACUCACCAGAGGUGGCAGCAAUAGGCCAACUUUGCUCUCCAGUCUCCCACAGCGCCGAGGUGGUUUCCCACCGACUUCUUUUCAAUACAGCACCGGCAAGCAGAGGGGUGAAAGGUCAUGAAGAUGGCGCUGACCGCUCGUCUGUUGCCGAAGCUGCUGCUCUCUCGGUCCCUGCCCGGCGGGGCCGCCCGACCUUGGACUCCUGGUGCGGCUGAGAUGAAGUUGCCACUGGCUGGGUUUUGUUGCCUUUGCCGCCGCCGCCUUACCUCGGGACCGGCCCCGUUUUCCCGAAGCACUUGGGCCUUGGCGGCCUCUGCGUUGCCUGUCCGGGGCCUCGGGCGGCCAGUGCUCAGCCCUCCGGGACUCCCCGAAGCCCUUGCUUCUUUCCCUGCCUGCCCCCGGCGCAGCUACAGCACGGAGGAGCAGCCCCAGCAGCGCCAGAAAACCAAGAUGAUCAUUCUGGGAUUCGCCAACCCCAUCAACUGGGUUCGGACUCGAAUUUAUGCCUUCCUUAUCUGGGCGUAUUUCGACAAAGAAUUCAGCAUCGCAGAGUUCUCUGAGGGGGCGAAGCAGGCUUUUGCUCACGUAUCCACGUUGCUGUCACAAUGUAAAUUUGAUCUAUUGGAAGAACUUGUGGCCAAAGAGGUGCUACAUGUAUUGAAAGAAAAAAUUACUUCACUCCCUGACAACCAUAAAGAUGCCCUUGCUGCUGACGUGGAUGAAAUUGUAUAUACAUCAACAGGAGACAUCUCCAUUUACUAUGAUGAGAAAGUUGGCUCUCUGUAUCCAUGGGUUCUGCAUCUGUGGAUUCAACCAACCUUGGAUCAAAAAAAGGUUUUGUCUGUACGGAAUAUGUACAGAUUUUUUUUUUCUUUCAUUCCUUAAACAGUACAGUGUAACAACUAUUUACAUAGUAUUUACAUUGUAUUAAUAUUGGGUAUUAUAAGUAAUCUAAAGAUGAUUUCAAGCAUACAGGAAGAUGUGUGUUAUGUUAAUAGUACACCAUUUUGUAUAAGGGACUUGAGCAUCUUUGGAUUUUGGUAUCCGCAGUGGGUUCUGGAACUAAUCCUCCAUGGAUAUUAAAGGAUGACUGUAUUUGCAUAUGUAUUAUGUUGCCAGCCAUACAAGAAAUGUAUGUAGCCUCUGCUUCUAUACUUCCCAAGGCAGUUUUUUUAAUUUUAAAAUAUUAAGGGGGUGCAAAUGUUUUGUUAUAUGGAUACCUUAUAUAUAAGGCUUAAGUCAGGGCUUUUAGUAUGCCCAUCACCAGAAUAGUGUUCAUUGUACCCAAUAGUUAAAUUUUUACCCCUUACCCCCUGCCACCUUCUCCCCUUCUUAGUUUCCAAUGUCCUUUAUAUAACUUUGUGCCCGUGUGCGCUCAUAAUUCAGCUCCCAAUUGUUAGAGAAUCCAUGUGGUGUUUGUUUUUUUCAUUCAUGAGAUGCUUCACUUAGGAUAAUGGUCUCCAGUUCCUUCCAAGUUGCUGCAAAAGAUUCUUAAUGGUUAGAAAAUUUUUCAUAGACAUUUUACUUUGAAACAUUCAUAAAGGUAUUUUUAAUGAUAUUUUCUCCUUUGCUAAUAUUUCAAAUUACAUCUCAGCACUAUGGUCACUAACUGAUUUUACACAGGAAGUUGUCAGAAUCACCAGGCACAGCAAAGUGAAUUAGAGUAGAAUAAAAGCCUUCCUCCUGGCAAUUGGGUUAAGUUAAUUAUUUAGGUUAAGUUAAUUAUUUAGGAGCAAAAAAUAUUUUUUCCUCUGUAUUUUUGGUUUGACAACAGAUAUCUCAUAAAAUUAUUAUAAUUUUAGAAAAUACCACAAAUUGAAUAUAAUCCACCUAGUAUACUUAGCAAAGUAUGUGCUCAGUAAAUAGUAGGUUUGUUACUGAGAUGCAGAGAGUAAGUAUGUCAUAAAGAGAUUUUCUAAAAGAAAUUUUAGAAAUAAAAAAAAG